ACUUCUUCUUCACCUCAAGAUGCCUCGAUGACCUGUCGCGACGCUUUGCGAUCUUCGAGUCCUAAUCAUGGCUGGCAAGAGGCUCUUGGAUUUAGCAGCGCUCUUCAAUGCGUCCCGGGGCGUUGCGCAGAAGCACAUUGCGCUGAGGUCAAGGCAGUUGGAUGUCUAUAACAGGACAUCAACCCUAGCCCGCGCAGUACGGAACCAGACAGACAGAGUCACUGAGACUGCAAAAGCCGCAUCAUUCCUUGUCUCGCGCCUCAACGAGGAUGCACCAGCCUGGACGUCGGAAAGCCCCGAAGACAAACCUUCACAACAAUCGAACGAUGCAACAGGAGCCAAGAGCCCCUCCCCGGCACCGAAGCCGAAGACUGGGCCAGAGCAAGAACCUUCCCACGGGGGCCCGAAAGGACAUACACUUUCUGCCGAUGCCGCAAGGACGAUACAGCGGCAAUCCGAACUCCAAAUACCAUCCAAAACUGCAGACGCGGUCGGUGAUCCAGUCGUUGAUCCAUUGGAGGAAGGACAUGACAAAGAAAGCUUCUAUCACAGAUCUGGGCACACUUCACCUGCUCUAUCGUCUUUGCCCCGAGUUAAAAUACCGAAACACGUCUCAAACGCCCAGGGAAGCAGUGUAGAAUUUCCAGAUGGGCAGAUUAAUUCCGAUUCAUUCUAUAAUGCUGGAGAGAGGAAGGGUCAGGUGUCAUCUGUAGCGGCAGAACCUGAGGAAGAACCGAUCCCAGAGGGCAUCGAUACAAAUCUUUUUCAUAGCGCACGAGUUGCCAAGUUACUGGGCGGACAGACCAUAGGUGGUGGGAGAAAGAGUGGCUUAGAGAUGAACCGUCCAAAGAACACGCCUGUGGAGCAUACGAAACCAAGGGCUGAUAAAGAUCAAGAUAUAUUCAGUGACCCUGAUUCAUCGCAGAAGAAGCCUACAAGUUCCGAGACUAUUGCUGAACCUCGAAUCGAUUCCUCGGGAAGUUCUGAUGGCGCAAAUGAAGAUAUUGAGAAGCUUGCUCAGAAAGUACAAAUUGAAGGGGACAGACAAUCCCAACCACUCCCCUAUGAGCUACGAGAGUCUAAAGUUCCGUCGUCAAGGUUGAGCAGAUUAUGGAACUAUGGCGGGUUGGCUGCUGGUAUGUUCGGUGGAGUAAUCAGCGAAGGUGUCCGCCGUGUUAGUGGCAGUGGCGGAGAGGGUUCUUACAUACUCAGCGCGAGUAACAUGGACCGACUUGUGUCAAAACUGUCCCGUAUGAGAGGCGCAGCUUUGAAGUUGGGUCAGAUGAUAAGCUUUCAAGAUUCUAAGAUGCUUCCUGCUCCCAUUCAGGAAGUAUUGCAGCGGGUUCAAGAUCGUGCGGACUAUAUGCCUGCGUCACAGCGGAAUAAAGUUCUUGCCUCAAAUCUUGGACCUGACUGGCGCGAGCUAUUUGAUACUUUCGACGAGAAGCCAUUAGCUGCUGCAUCUAUUGGGCAAGUUCAUAGAGCUACGUUGAAAUCGACCGGAGCUCGAGUGGCUGUGAAGGUCCAGUAUCCUGGUGUAGCGGACUCCAUCGACUCGGACCUGAAUAACUUGGCUAUUCUUCUCACUGCUUCACGCCUCUUGCCCAAGGGCUUGUUUCUAGACAAGACUAUUGCCAAUGCUCGGACUGAAUUGGCCUGGGAAUGCGAUUACAUUCGGGAAGCGGAAUGUGGACGUCGCUUCCAGGAGCUCCUUGCUGAUGAGCCAGAUGUCUUCGUUGUGCCCAAAAUCUACCCUGAGGCAUCGGGGAAGGAGGUUCUAACGAUGGAGUUCAUGGAUGGUGUUGGUGUGACUAGGGUUCAGAAUUUCACGCAGGAGCAAAAGGACUGGAUUGGCACACAAAUUCUCCGCCUCUGCCUCCGCGAAAUUACGGAAUUCAAGUACAUGCAGACGGAUCCCAACUGGACCAACUUUCUGUAUAAUGCCGCGACCAAUAAGCUCGAGCUUCUAGAUUUUGGGGCAUCUAGGGAGUAUCCUGAUGACUUUAUGGCAACAUACUCCAAGCUACUAGUAGCGGCUUCCAGGUCUGACAGGGAGACUGUCAAAGAUUUAUCUCUUGAACUCGGGUAUCUGACAGGGCUCGAGUCCAAAACGAUGCUUGAUGCACAUAUUUCGUCAGUGCUUACUCUCGCGGAGCCCUUCUUGGAUUCGUCGCCGGAGGUGUAUGAUUUCAGCGAUCAGACUAUUACCGAGAGGGUCAAGGCAUUGAUUCCGGUGAUGAUCAGGGAGAGAUUGUCGCCGCCGCCAGAGGAGACAUAUAGCUUGCAUAGGAAAUUGAGUGGAGCAUUCUUGCUCUGUGCAAGGCUCGGAAGUCGUGUAAGAUGUCGGGAGCUAUUUCAGAAUAGCAUGGCAAAGGCUGGUUUGCUCUAGAUGUAAAACAACUGUACUUCAUAUGUAUAUUAACCGCUUCACCUGUUCGAAUGAGAACAGAAUGUAUCAUGAAUCACGGGUUGGAACCAAACGGAA